GAUCUGCGCUGCGGCUGCGGCUCUGCAGUUAAACCUUCACUUCCCUGCAGCCGGAGAUUCCGGGUUGCUGCGUCGCAGCGCGCAAACUUCCGCAGCCCCUUGCGGGCCCACGGGUGCCUGGCCGCCGCGCGCCAUCUUCACCCAGCGCUAUGGCAGUGACCCGGGGACCGGGAGCGGGCGGGCGCUGCCAGCUCCUGGACCUGUUCUUUUUUCUGCUGGUCGCGGGCCCUGCCCUGUGCUGGAACGACCCUGACAGAAUAUUGUUGCGAGAUGUAAAAGCUCUUACCCUCCACUAUGACCGGUAUACCACCUCCCGUAGACUGGAUCCUAUCCCACAGUUGAAAUGUGUUGGAGGCACAGCUGGUUGUGAUUCUUACACCCCAAAAGUCAUACAGUGUCAGAACAAAGGCUGGGAUGGUUACGAUGUACAGUGGGAAUGUAAGACUGAUUUAGAUGUUGCAUACAAAUUUGGAAAAACUGUGGUGAGCUGUGAGGGCUAUGAGUCCUCUGAAGACCAGUAUGUGCUAAGAGGUUCCUGUGGCUUGGAGUAUAACUUAGAUUAUACAGAAAUUGGUCUGCAGAAAUUGAAAGAGUCUGGAAAACACAAUGGCUUCUCUUUCUCUGAUUAUUAUUAUAAGUUGUACUCUGCGGAUUCCUGUGGCAUUGGUGGAUUGGUUACCAUUGCGGUGCUUCUUACUAUUGCCUUUGUAAUUUAUAAAUUGUUCCUUAAUGAUGGUCAGUAUUCUCCUCCACCAUAUUCUGAGUAUCCUUCAUAUUCCCAGCAUUAUCAGCGGUUCACCAACUCAGCAGGACCCUCUCCCCCAGGCUUUAAGUCAGAUUUCACAGGACCACACAGUGCUGGCCAUGGUGCAACUUCUGGAUUUGGGAGUGCUUUUGCAGGACCACAAGGAUAUGAAAAUUCAGGACCAGGGUUCUGGACCGGCCUGGGGACUGGAGGAAUAUUGGGAUACUUAUUUGGCAGCAAUAGGGCAACAACACCCUUUUCAAACUCGUGGUACUAUCCAUCUUACCCUCCGUACUCUAGCACAUGGAAUAGUCGUGCUUACUCACCACUUCAUGGAGGCCCAGGGAGCUACUCAGCGUGUUCAAACUCAGAUACAAAAACCAGAACGGCAUCAGGAUAUGGUGGUACCAGAAGACGAUAGAGUAGAAGGAUGAAGUCAAACACUGGAUGCAAAAUUUCUGAUUUUUCAUCCUCUGUAAAACUAAGUGAUACCUGCUAACAUCUGGGGAAGGGGGACAUUCAAAACUUCUGUGGUGUUCUGUCCUGUAUAGCUUUUCGUAUUCUGUUAAGAGAUGAUAGUAUGACAAAAUGCUUAUGUAUUAUAUGUUAGUAUAAUAUACAGGUGUAUAUUGCAGUUCUUGCAAGUGAUUGCUAUGGAAUGCUGAAAAUGUAUUGCUUAUUUAUAAAAUCUGUGAUGAUGCUAUAAGGAGCAUUAAGAAUGAAGGCAUUAUACCAAUAGAAACUGAGUAAUAGAAACUUUGUCUCAGGUGGUUUUAGUGUCAAUGAGUCAUUACCUCAUAAAAAUAAUAAUAUUCUGUUUGGUCGUUUAUUAUUUGGUGUUUGCUGUCUUUCAAAUAUUUAAACCAAGUGUUAGACUACUGAUAAUGCUAAUUUGUGAGUUUUGAUCAUUUUUGAGCUCUGGAGCUUUGAAUCCUUCAGUGGUAAUGGACUUCUGAUAGAUGAGAGUUAUCUUGUAUAGGAAAGUGCAGAAAAUAAAGCAUCUAGAAGAUUGUUUUGAAUGAUUGUGUCCUGACGGAAAUGCCUGAAAUCUUCAUAGUUCUUCAGUUUCCAAGAAUUAAAGUUCAGAUGCCUCAAGAAAAGUCUUCUAAUAGCAAAAGCAUGCAGUUCUCUGUGGAAUCUCAAAUAUUGUUAAAGUCUGUUUCAGUCUUACCUUAAUAUGACAGAAUAAACAAAAACAAACAAGA